CGUCUUCGGCCCUGCGCGCGCAUGCGAGGGCCUCUUUACGACUCGGCAGGCAAAGAUGGCGGACGCACAGACCGAGAGGGCAUACCAGAAGCAGCCCACCAUCUUCCAGAACAAGAAGCGUGUUCUGCUAGGUGAGGGCGGUGGCAAAGAAAAGCUUCCCCGCUACCACAAGAGCGUCGGCCUGGGGUUCAAGACCCCCAGAGAGGCCAUCGAAGGCACCUACAUUGACAAGAAGUGCCCUUUCACUGGCAAUGUGUCCAUCCGUGGCCGCAUCCUCUCCGGUGUGGUGACCAAGAUGAAGAUGCAGAGGACCAUUGUGAUUAGACGGGACUACCUGCACUACAUCCGCAAGUACAACCGCUUUGAGAAGAGGCACAAGAACAUGUCUGUCCACCUGUCACCUGCCUUCAGGGAUGUGCAGGUAGGAGAUAUCGUGACCGUGGGAGAGUGCAGACCCCUCAGCAAAACAGUGAGGUUCAACGUUCUCAAGGUCACCAAGGCAGCUGGUGCCAAGAAACAGUUCCAGAAGUUCUAGAAGGUGGCGAUGAUUCAUGGUUCAUGUGCAAACUAUGUGGUCUUUGAAUAAAAGAAAUGUUCAGUACCA